CCGUCUCAUCAAGUUCUCAUGUGGAAGGCAGUCAAUUUGACGAAGAGCGAGGAUGCAGUUGCCGCAGAGGAGGACCCUGCAUCCCCGCUAACGACGUAUCCUACCGGCUCUGCGCAGGACGAGAGCGAGCUUAUCUACGACCUACUCCCUCGUAAUUUCUCGACGAAUGGGAAAAAUUUCAACAACGGGAACAACAACAAAUUCCCCUUCUGUGCAGCGUGCUUCAUCCAGGACAACGACCCGAGGGUGGUUUACAAUGGGAGGUGGCUUCUGAACGGAACUACCUUUCAGACGACGCACAGCACAACAGACCGAGGGGCCAGGGUCGAGCUUCGCUUUAGAGGCUCAAAGAUAGUCGUAUUUGGGACAGUUCCUGUUAGCAAUGCAACUGACCGGCCACCUCGAGCGAAGUACUCCAUUGACGGCAGACAGACAACAGAGUCCACGGUCCCCAUGGCCAACACCCCGAUUCAGGGCCAACCCUUCUUCCAGGCCAAUUCUCUCAAUACGGAAGAACACAAACUCACCAUCGAAGUUAUCCGAGCGGAGACACCGUACAUCCUUCAGCAUUUCUUCGUCACACCGCAUCCUAGAAACACGACUGCUGAUAAGGUCAUGGAGAACGGUGGUCCAAGAGAUGAUCGAAUAUCGGUUGGCUCCCCCGGAGCUACUGCACGACCGACAAUCACUAAUGCAGCUGAUAUCGGGUCUCCAGCCCUCCCUUCCUCGGCAUACGAUGAAACCGGCCCAACUCGAGCCCAGUCAGAAUCGCCCUCGGCGAGCCUCGUCAGAAUACUGUCAGGUGUUUUGGGAGCUCUCAUCGCCCUGAUUAUUGUCGGUAUUUUGUUGUUCUUGCUCCGCCGAAGACAGAAGAAGAGGAACUCUUCUUCUCGGUUCUUCUCCAAGUUCUGGAAAUACUCCCCACGCCCAGGUACGUUAUGUGUGUAA